GAGGCCCACUAGACACAAUAGAUUAAAUUCUUAUUAGGGUUUUCCUUCUCUUUUCCUUUUCCUCUCUGCGUUCUGUCGUGCAGUUGCGGAGAGCUUCAACAAUGACGACUGUGGUUCCUACCUCCGAAGAAGAUCUCAACAUCACCGUCGUCCGAUUCACUUCCGAGCUCGCCUGGGCCGACGCCGGUCCUGAGGUUGUUGAGCCCCAAGUGACUAGACUAUGUCUUGAAGCACAAGAAUGUGUGGCAAUGGGCAGGUGGUUCGAUUUGGUCUCACUGAUGCUCACUUCAGCUGAAGUUAUAUUUACAAAAGUUUCUGAGAAAGAUCUUGAGUGCAUCUUCACUGUUAUUUGCAACAUUGUUACGAAGGCACAAAGCCCAGAUGAAGCACUUGAGAUGGCUAAACUUAUUUCUGGAAAGAUUACUCAACAUCCAAAUGACAAGUCUGCAUUGCGUUUAAAGAUUUUGUUCAAUCUGUACAAUCUACUGGAGAACCCAUACAGCCAAUACUAUGUUUACAUGAAGGCCCUUAACCUUGCAAUUGAUGGAAAGGUCACUGAAAAUGUUGUGCCUUCAUUUAAAAAGAUAGAUAGUUUCUUAAAAGAAUGGAAUGUUGGGAUUGUGGAUGAAAGGAAACUUUUUCUUGCCAUCUCAAAUGUUUUAAAGGAAAACAAAAGCUCAGCCAAAGAUACUUUUAAAUUCCUGACCAAGUACUUGGAAACGUUCUCUGCUGAAGAUUCAUAUACUCUGAGUGAAGCCAAGGAGGAAGCUGUUCAAACAAUUGCUGAAUUUGUGAAGGCACCAGACAUGUUUCAGUGUGAUUUGCUAGACAUGCCUGCUGUUGCACAAUUGGAGAAGGAUGCUAAAUAUGCCUUGGUAUAUCAGCUCCUGAAGAUCUUUCUCACUCAGAGGUUGGAUGCUUACUUGGAAUUUCAAGCUGCAAAUUCUACUUUGCUGAAAAGUUAUGGUCUUGUCCACGAAGACUGUAUAACUAAAAUGAGGCUGAUAUCAUUGGUGGAUCUUGGCUCUGAUGAAAGCGGCCAAAUUCCAUACAGUCUCAUAAAAGACACCCUUCGGAUUAAUGAAGACGAGGUGGAAUUGUGGGUGGUCAAGGCAAUAGCGGCUAAAUUAAUGGACUGUAAAAUGGAUCAGAUGAAUCAAGUAGUUAUCGUGAGUCGUUGCACUGAUCGCAUUUUUGGUCAACAUCAGUGGCAAACACUUAAAACAAAGCUAGCAACUUGGAGGGGUAAUGUGGCCAAUGUUAUCAGCACUAUUCAGGCCAACAAGCCCACGGAAGAUGUUGCGCAGGCAACACAAGGGUUGAUGAUUCGUUGAGAGUUUUUCUUCUUCUUCAUAUUCUCCUGUUAUUUUUAGACCACCAUCGUUAUCUAGAUAUAGGUGAGAGACUGAUUGAUAGCUGUGCUACAAUUUAUUGUCUUCAUGUGUUUCAUUCAGCUUGAACACAAUCCAAAUGUAUUGGCAAUUUUGACAGGAUUUCUUAAUCGACUUUUGAUUUGUAUUUGUUACAUCCUUCAAACUUGCCACUUGAUUCAUGGGUGAAUGAUAUGAUUAUUACAUGACAA